AUGGUUGGGCAGGGCACUGUUUAACAGCCCUAAGCUGGGGCCUGGCUAACAAAGAGGCCCCUCCCCAGAAGGCAACUGGACUUUCGGAGCAUACAGCCACCUGCUAUAUAAGGCCUCUCCCGACACCUUCUCCAACACAUUGCCAGGACCCACCUUCCUAGGACAGUGUCCUUGACUGGACCCAGAAGGUUUGAGGCUCCGUGGCCCCACCCUUGGGAGAAGCCAGGCCCAGCAUCAUGAAAGGCAUCCUCAUUGCUGGCGUCUUUGUGGCAUUUGCCAUUGCAGUUAUAGACUCUCUGAGCUGUCGACAGUGUUACUCACCCAAUGAGAGCUGCAGCAACAGCGUCACUGAGUGUGUGGAAGGGAGCGUCAGUUGUGUGGAAUCCUUGGUCAAUUCCACUCUAGGAGGGUCCCACUAUUUGUACCAGAACAGAUCCUGCUCGGCAAAUAAUUGCAUCAAGAACAGCGCCCAAGUGGCCUUCACAGUGCACGUGUUUGAUGACCAAAGCUUCCAUUUUGCAAGCCAGUGCUGCCAAGGAGAGGCAUGCAACGACACCAACCACGGAACACAGGCUCUCACCAACACCCAGUGCUCUGCUUGCUAUAGCUACAACACAACAAACUGCGAGGAGAAAACCCGGCAGUGUUUCCAAGGAGAACGAUGUGUUCACAUCAUUGCUGAGUUUGUAAACGGCACUGAACGGAACCCGGUGGAGCUGAAAGGCUGUUCCGAUAUCAGCGAGUCUACUUGUGAAACCCUGGCUCCUGAGAACACAACAGUGGGAGAAUUCUUUUUCAAGAGCGUCAUAUGCAAAAAUGCAACCAUAAUCACAGACACCACCAAGACCCCUCCGACCAGCACAGGCAUCAAAGCUUCCUUCACCUCCUCUGUCUUCGGCAGCCUCCUGCUUCUGAAGCUGCUGUUCUGAGGUCCCUGGGCUCUGCCCCACCCAGUGUCCCAUGGGCGUUAACACCCUUUCUGUUCACAUUCCUUCCAGUUUUAUUGCUCAGUGGGUUGGGAGUCACAGGACUCCAGGCAAUGCUAGCAGCCACAUUAUGCCCUUUAUUAAAGUGUUGUUUGACUUCUAGA